AUGACUUAUCACACGUUCUCAGGCGCGCUAUGUUUUUCAGCUGACAGUGAAUCAUCCGACCCUCACAAUACCGGGGAAUAUGCUUGCCCUAGCUGUUCCCCCGAGGUCACAUUCGACGCCGACUCGGCACAUCUCGCCCUUGCCCAUAUCGGCUCACAUAUUCUGUUUGACCCGCAUGUCGAGCGUGAGCUCGAACCGUGCGGGAUGUGCUUACGUUCGUUUGUAGCUUGUCGCACCUACCUCAAGAAGACUCGAGGCCGAAACGCAACGUUCAGCAUCGACCACGACAAGACCUCGUGUGUCAACCCCAUCAAGUUCCGCUAUGGGGUUGCACGCGAGUUUCGAGCUGACACUGCCCCUUCCACGAACCAUCCAAUCGAGUGUCCACUUUGCGAACGUGGUUCGCCCGCAGUUUGGAGCUACAACUUCGAAGCUCACCUCAAAAGGGUUCAUACGCCGGCUGCUUACGAGGGCUAUCAAGGCCAGUACAAGCUCACAAAUGCCGAAAGCGCCGCCAUGGAGACAAUAUGGAGGAACCGGCGAAUUCGAGCACCACAGACUUCGAAAAAGGGGAAGGAAGUACCGGUGGUCAUCUCGGCAGCACAUAGUGUGCAUGCGGCUACAAGCACGACGAUCUGCGAAUUGGAGCCCGAGGCGGAGUCCUCGUCAUCCUCUGAUAGCGAGGAAUCCUUCGACGAGAACCGAGCCAACUCGGACGACGAUGACGCCGCGCUCGCGGCUCCCCUCCUUGCGCGUCCGAGUCUCGACACUAGUACUGGUCCCUCAUCCUCCGGCGUGAUCGACGAGAGCCUCGCCAACUCGGACGACGAUGACGCCGCGCUCGCCGCUCCCCUCCUUGCGCGUCCGAGUCUCGACGCCGGUCUCUCAUCCCUUGGCGACAUCGCCCUCAACCCAUUUAUACCGCCUGCAGGCGUGCCCGCCAUUGCUGAUGACGCAGAAGCCGGCUCUCGUCGCUCGGCCCGAAAGCGCAAGGCACGAGAUACCGACGACCCAAAGGUCUGCUACUGCGGCGAGCGUGUUUUGCCAUCCGAGCCGGAUAUAAUUAAGUGUACGGCUCGCGGGUGCGAGACAGUACUGUUUCAUCUAAAGUGUUCCCGUGCUCCCUUGCAGCGUAGGCAGCACUGGCGAUGUGAGCCUUGUCGUGAGCGUUGAGCUUGGCGUUGAGGGUAGCGGGCAGUAUGAUGGAUAUAGGGGCUAGCAGCAUAGUGUAAUUCUGCUGACAUUCAAUGC